AUGAUAACCAUAGCUUUGGAAGCUGCAAAAGCUGCAUCACUUCAUAAAAUUCAUGAAGAUGAUUUCUUUUCAGAACUUGGUGAAUCUUCUGAUUUUGAUCAACGUUGUAAUGGAAUUGAUAAUAAUCUAACUUCCAAACGUAGAGAAGUCAAAGGCCUUUGCAUUAAACUAAUACGUAAUUUAGAUAAGUUAAGUCAAGGGGGUGAAUCUGAACGUACUAAUUACUGCAAAUAUAUACGUUAUUGUUUAUAUGAACAAAUAAGAGAAAUUCAUGCUAACAAAUCUGCAAAGCUUGCUGAUGUAAUAUUUUUUAAUAAACUUAUUUUGGCAUGGACAGUCAUUAAAAUUGCAAAAUUAAGUAACAAAUAUAAUUCGGAAAAUAUAAAAGAUGUUAAAUUAAAUGAAUUAAAAAAUAGGAUAUUUUCUUAUAUUUAUUUUAAAAAUCUUGAAAAGAUUAAAAAAGUUAGUACAUACGAAAAUAGAACGGAUUGCAAUAAUUAUUUAACAUAUCCUGAGGGUUUUAAACCAGUACACGACGGAUAUAAGGAUAAGCAUUGUGUGUGGUUAAUUGUUUCAUCAUCGAAUGGUACUAAUUAUUUUCCUUGUAAGGAUAGGUAUGUAAUGAUGCCUUGCAAUAUUGAAUUAGAAAAGUGCAAAGCUAUCAACCUUAAAACAAACAUCAUCUUUAGCGGCAUCACAAAAUUCGUCAAGUUCAUCAAGAAUAUCGGGUAUCAGAUUUUCAGCCAGUACAGUGACUACAACAAGUGCAUCAAGUGUAAGAGGAUCGAAGGUUACAGUAACCACAAAUACACCGAGUUCAUCGGGUUCAAUAAGUUCAAUAGGUCAAGUAGGUCAAGGAAAGUCAACACGUCCAGUUGUUGCAAGAGAAGAACAUGGAAAAUUUUUGAGCUCCCCAACGCAAGGAAGUUCUGGGUAUUCUCUUCCCACAGUAUCAUCAUAUAA